AUGUCAACGAUAUUUCAAAAUAAUGAUACGAUUCUAAAUGACCGGAAAGCUUUGGGUCCACCUAGUUAUCGACUCCAGAAGAUCUUCAAAGAAAGGUCGUUCACUGAGAAACUACUUUUUCCAUCUAAUACUGUCAUUCCAUUUUCUGCUCUCGAUUCGAACCGAGUUGUCGCAGUUCCUCUUAGCUUCUUUAUUGAUGACGAUGCGAGGAAGACUGCUGCUCUUGCUGCUAGAGCUGAUUAUCCAAAGAAUGAGGAUACCCAUCUCUUUAUUGAUGCCACAGGUGAAACCACAACAACUGAUUCGAUACUCGCUUGUUUGAAGAAUCUUAAGAGACGUGGAACUGCAAUGUUCGUCUAG